AUGGAAAUCAAUCAUAGGUUCAGGAGUGGUGUUCGAGGCCGUGCAAAGGUAGUCUGUCGCCACUGUCAUGCUCGCAAGGUCAAGUGUGACCUGCAGAGCCGGGUGAAGGGGACGUGCUCAAACUGUCAAAAAUAUGGGCUUACCUGCGAACUUCGUACUAGUAGGAGGGUCAACGUUGGCGAAAAGUACACUAAGGGGCAGGCCGCAACACCUCCAGAGUCCAAUGAAUCUCCGCCACAGAACCCUUGCCUGCCGCCGACACCAGGUGAAAAUGCAGAGAAUCAACAGAUUGAUAAUCAUGUCGUAUCUGCUGUGAGCCACAGCCAACUGCAUAGACAGUAUAUAGGGGGCAUCGUCAGCGUCAUAAGUGGCCCGCCGUCGCUGCCCUCUGGCCUCGCCAGAACCUCUGCCUUUUCAACCAAUAUGGCGCAGGAGAUCAUCAGAAUGACCGGUGCUGCCGAAGCGCCACCAAGGAUCCUAUUCAAUGCUUCAGCUGAUCUCUACUUUGAUCACGUCUUCUAUCGGAUACCUGUCUUCGAUCGCGCGGAUGUGGAUGUCGAGACACCGCACAUAGCCAUCCAGCAAGCUAUUUGCAUGAUAGGGGCCAUGAUGCGAUACCCAAAGGGACCAAAUAUACUUGAAGACAACGACAUGUAUUACUUCAAGACCAAGACACUUAUGCACAAUAGCUUUGCACAAGAUCCGAUUACAAACCUGAAAGUGCUGGCACUAUUAUCCACCCGCAACGUGGUCGGACCGGUAGUCUGCCAUUCAGAUUGUUCAUGGUAUUGGCUUGGCAUUGCUAUACGCACACUGCAGCAAAUAGGUCUACAUAAAGAGGCUGUGUGUGCAAAAAUUCUGAAGCCCGGCACCGCACGACGCAUUGCAUGGUGCUUCUUUACCCUAGACAAGCUCGCCUCGGCCAGUCUUGGCCGUCCAACUGCUCUUAAAGAAAAUGAGUUUGAUGUGCAACCUGUGACUCUUGAGGAUUUCGAAAUCGCGAAUAUCCAGGCAUUACUCUUUAUAGAACGUACAAAACUCGCACUCAUUCUUGGUCGGAUCUUAGACCUACGAAGUCGCCCGUCUGAUCUGGCUGACAAUCAACAGAAAGACAUUUAUUAUUCACUCAGGAAUUGGGUUGACACUCUGCCACUGGAGGCCCGCUUGUUCGACGGUGACAAGCAACGACCUUACCACCAUGGCAUCCACGAACUAUAUAUACUCUACUUUGCCACCAUCAUCACCUUCUUAUAUUCUUUCAAUGACUCGGACAUUAACUCAGUUCCGAAUAUAAUAUCCCUCGUCGCAUCAUCUUGCAUGGUCAGGCUGUAUCACGAGCUAGACAUCCGUGAUGAUGUCAACUAUCUGCUCACCGUGCACAUGUGGCUGUUCAUGUUGGCCGCCAUGCCACAGCUUCUGUACAAUGCUGCCGAGGGGCUGUCAGAAGCUGAUCGUCGAGCGUGCUCGGAUGCUCUAGACAAACUGGUUUCCGCUCUCGGGCAAUUCAUGAUCAAGAUACCCGGUGCCGAAACAAUGUUAAACACCAUCAAUAGACUACGCGCUCAGGAUCAUCCGGUACACCCGGCAUCCACAUCUCGAGAAUGGAGGAAGCAUAACCUUAAUGGGGAAUUGCACAGUGUGCUGGCUUUUCGCGACCUAUUUCCAUUUCCGCUGUCGCUGUCUCCCAGAUUGGAGCUGCUUGACCAAUUGGGUGAUAUGCGGUCGGUCGCAAGUCCUCCACCUGAUAUAAAUGAGGAUCUGGGCUGGAUAUUGGAAGAGUUUGCCGAUAUAUCUACAUUUACGGGUUGGCCCAGCAUGUUGUCAUGA